AAUGAAAGUAAAAAACUUUUUUCGAAAAACUGCGGCAACAAAAAUGAUGAUAUGAAUGGAGACAUUGAUUGUCCGGAGUAUUUACUAGACGCCAUCCAUGAUUCUCAAGAGGAUAGUAUCUACACUUAUUCUGAUUUAGACAAGACGGAUGAGGCCAUGACUUUUCUGAUCGCGGGAAGUGAAUCGACGGCGCAAACCAUCUGUUUUGUUAUGUUAAUGCUAGCUAUUCAUCCCGAAUAUCAAGAGAAAAUUUUCGAAGAGCAGUACAAUAUUUUUGGAGACGCAGAUAGACCUGUUACACAGGAUGAUCAAGAUAAAAUGGAAUAUUUGGAACAGGUUAUUAAGGAAACUCUUCGCUUGUUUCCUGUGGCUCCUCUUUUUGUGAGAUAUGCAGAAGAGGAUACAAAAUUAACACAAAAUUACGUUUUGCCAGCUGGUGCAACUGCGGUGAUUUAUCCAUUCUUCACGCAUUAUGAUCCAGAACUUUGGCCUGAGCCCAAUGUAUUCAACCCGGAUAAUUUUACGGCUGAAAAAAAGGCGAAUAGACACAAGUAUGCUUUCAUACCGUUUAGCGGUGGUCCUAGAGGCUGUAUUGGUAAACAAUUUUCAAUGCUAGCCAUGAAGACAACACUAUCCAUCUUCAUACGGCAGUUUCGAGUUAGCACAACUAAAAAACUUGAAGAUGUCGACGUUUAUAUGGACGUGGUGCUUAGAUGUAAAGGUGGUUGGAAUAUGAAAUUUGAACAAAGAAUAAAUCAGAAAUCCUAAAAGUG